GUAUGAGUUCAAAGCCAAAAAUAUCAAGAAGAAGAAAGUCGGAAUCACAGUGUCCCUGGACGGAGUCAAAGUAGUGAUGAGAAAGAAACAGAAGAGGAAGGAAUGGACAUGGGAUGAAAGUAAGAUGCUGCUGAUGCACGACCCUGUCUACAGGAUAUUCUACGUUUCACACGACUCACAGGAUCUAAAGAUAUUCAGCUAUAUUGCCCGGGACGGUGCCAGCAACACUUUCAAAUGUAAUGUCUUCAAAUCCAAGAAGAAGAGCCAGGCCAUGCAGAUUGUGCGGACUGUCGGACAGGCUUUUGAAGUGUGCCACAAAAUGAGCCUUCAGCACGCCCAGCAGAACGCAGACGGACAGGCGGAUGGGGCCAGUGACAAGUCUCUGGAAGAGGCCAAACUGGAAGGGCGACAGCUGACAGGAGCAGAAAAUAAAGAUACACAAGAAGCUGAUGGAAAUCUGAAUAGUGCCGCCGCAGAGAAGAGAACCUGUGAACGUGCCGUGUCUGCACCAGACUUGGGCCUUGUCAAAUGUCUGCCAGUGCUAAAAGAACAAAAUGGCCAGGAUAUUGAAAAUUGUUCCGCCUACUCAACACUGUCCCAGAAAUUUCAUACCUCAAGCUGUGCUUCUUCUGUCUCCGUCCUCACCCCUCUGGCUUCACAGCACCGACUGCAGCUUCUACAGCACCAGCUUCUCCAACAGCAGCAACAGACGCAGGUGGCCGUAGCCCAGGUGCAGCUCCUGAAGGACCAGCUUGCAGCAGAAACAGUUGCACGCAUUGAAUCUCAGGCCCGAGUCCGCCAGCUACUACUGACCAAUCGUGACUUGUUACAGCACAUCUCGCUGUUGGUGAAACAACUGAAGGAGCUGGAAAUGAGAUCAGACCUGAAGUUUUCUGGCAAUAAUCACUCAUUACAUAAUUUGGCCAUUGCCCAGUCUCUCUCCCUGAACCUCAAGAACCUAUACAGCCUGGAAAUAAACCUUCCCACCACCUCCACACCUGCCCCAUUGCAAAACAACUCUGCCGCCACAUAUGCCAUGAACAACAUGGGUGGUUCUUACCUCAAUCUUAUCAACCUGGAGAAGGAAAACGACCCCACAAGGGGAACUGAUGAGAAGGAAGUGGUCAGUCGGAAGGUGGAGGGGUCAGAGGUCACUGAGGUUCCUGCAGACCAAACUGAGGAAGACAAGCCUCUUCACUCCAUCCCGAAGCUGAUCCCUCCUCCUCCCCAUCUCCAGGAAGAGAUCCUCCAAAAUCUUAUCAGGUUCAAUAAAUGAAUCUACAGAGAAUGUGACCAUACCAACCAGCCUCAACCUGACCAGUUUCACCACCAUCACUUCAUGUUCUAUAACACCCAUUGAGAUGGAAGAGAUUAGCCCAACAUUUAAAAACUCCUAUUUCCCUGGCUUUGAAAAUAGUGAAUUGCCCCCAAUAAAGGGGAGACCUGUCCACCAGGAAUCCAUCGAAGAGAACAGGACCUUCCACUCCAUCACCAGCAGCUAUGACAACCUGGAAGACACACCAACUAUUGUGCCUGAGACUCCUCCAUGUAAUGGAUUGGUAAAGCCACUGAAUGUGGAGACCACGCUCCCCUUCUCCUCCGCCAAUGACACCUGUCUUCACAUUAGCUUCUCUGAGGAUGAGUUUCCUGACAUGGGUGUGGAUGAUCAUCUAGAAGUUCACAAGCAAUGGCGGCUUAUUGCAAAUGGCAAUUAG